AUGGGAGCAAAUGAUGGUGGUGAUUAUAUACAGAACUUUUCAGCUAUUCUUGGAAAAGUUCUAAGAAGAACGAAGAACAAGAAACCACUCAUUAGCAAUGAUCCAUCUUCUACAGCCAUCCAAAGACAACCACAAACAGCAUCCAUUCCUGCCAAAGUUUCAAAGCAGACGAAAAACUUUAAAUUCAGUGAGAGCAAAGCUUAUUUUGGUAUUGAUAAGCGAAAACCAUUGGAUGAGACCAUAGUGGUAGCUUCGCAGUCUUACUUGGAAGCUUUGGAUUCUGCAGCUCACAAACGAAAAGUAGUUGUAUCAUUUUUAAGCAGUUUUGCGGCAAUAUGUUUCUACUUCUGGUAUUCCAGAAGAGAUUGUGAUGGAUUCCUGAAUGCUCCAAAAUACGAAGUAGUGCCAACCCUAAAAAGGUAUGCUUUACGCCAACAAAUAAAAGAAGCACAUAAAAGUGGAAAAGAUACGACAUAUCUUAAAGCGGCGUUGGAAUAUGUUGAUGUUGAGGAAGCUGUGUACCGAGCCGAAGAGGGUGCUUUCACGCUAGAUAGUUGA